AUAUUUUGUAUCAAGGAGUUUUAAAGCUGUUCAUUGACUCGAGAGCCUUUGUGUUUUGUAAAGCAUGGCGGAAAAGCGCGUGCCUUCCAGACCCUGCGGAUCCCAGGGUCUUCAACUGAGUGCACAGGGCUUGGGGUGCAUGGGCAUCUCUUCCUUCCUAUACCUCAGCAAAGAUGAGCAGCCUCCCGACGAUGCUGCAGGCGUUGCAGUUGUCAGCAGGGCGUUGGAGCUGGGUAUAACGCACCUUGACACCAGCGAUAUGUAUGGACCACACACCAACGAGCAGUUUGUUGGGAAGGCGGUGCACGGGCGAAGAGAUAAAUUCACCGUGGCAACCAAGUUUGGCAUCUCCUACACCGAUGGGGUGUGGGGGGUGCAUGGCAGCCCGGAGUAUGUGCGCUCUGCAGUGGAGGGGUCUUUGAAGCGGCUGCGCAUUGAUCAGAUUGAUCUGUACUACCAGCACCGAGUGGACAGAACUGUCCCCAUCGAGGAGACCUGGAAGGCCCUGAAGGAGCUUGUGGAGGAGGGCAAGGUGAAGUACCUGGGCAUCUCAGAGGCGUCGGCCGAUGAGAUCAGGCGCGCGCACAAGAUCCACCCGAUCUCAGCCUGCCAGCUGGAGUGGAGCCUCUGGACCCGAGAUGCAGAGGAGGAGAUCAUUCCUCUGCUGAGAGAGCUGGGCAUCGGCAUAGUGGCAUACAGCCCCUUGGGCCGCGGCUUCCUCACAGGGGCCAUCACUUCCGCUGAUGAUCUGCACAAGGAUGACUGGCGGUUAGAGGGCCAGCCGCGCUUCCAGGAGGGUGCACUGGAGGCCAACUUUGCACUGGUGCAGCGCGUGAAGGAGCUUGCUGCCAGAAAGGGUGUGACACCGGGGCAGCUGGCGCUUGCUUGGGUGCAUGCGCAAGGGCCGGAUGUCUUCCCCAUCCCAGGUACCAAGCGCAUGAAGUAUCUUGAGGAAAAUGCUGCAGCCUUCUUCAUCGAGCUGUCGUCCGAAGACAAGGCGCACUUGGAAGAGAUCUUUGCUCCAGAUAAGGUGGUUGGGGGAAGGUACAGUCAGGAAGUCAUGGACACUAUGACGUUCAGCACAAAGGAGCAGUACACUCCUAUUCAGAUUGAAUAGGACGUGAAGGACAAUUGAGGUGGGAAUAUUCUGUGAAGAAUAAUUGUAAUUGGAGGCCUCCUAGGACCAUCCAGUGAGGGACGGUGGAAAGGUGGUGCUCAUACAGAUUGGAAUUGUUCAAGAGGAAUACAUCUUCAGAUACAACCGGAGCAACCAUUUAAUCGCGUACAUUCCGAAGAACGAAGAACCCUUGAGCUUCCUCAUGUGGGGAAGCUGCCUUCGUCACGGAAGCUGUAACUCUUAUGGCAUAU